CUACAGUUCCUUUUCUUGUUACUUUCUUCUCCGCACCAGUGGCCAAACCAAGAGGAUCAGUCCCAGAACCUCCUGCUCCACACACCAAAAUCGAGAAUCCCCUCGGAAGAAUGGCUAAACCCAAUGGUCAGAAAAGGGUUCUUUUGUUAUGCGGAGACUACAUGGAAGACUACGAGGUGAUGGUCCCGUUUCAAGCAUUACUGGCCUAUGGAGUAGCUGUUGAUGCAGUUUGCCCCGGGAAGAAAGCUGGUGACUUGUGCCGCACAUCUAUUCAUCAAUUUUCCGGUCACCAGACUUAUACUGAGUCCCGAGGCCACAACUUUACCCUUAAUGCAACUUUUGACGAAGUAGAGACCGGCACAUACGAUGGGUUGGUCAUACCGGGAGGACGUGCUCCAGAAUAUCUUGCCAUGGAUAAAUCUGUUUUAUCCUUAGUUAAAAAAUUUGCGGAUUCUCAGAAGCCUAUUGCAUCAAUAUGCCAUGGACAAUUGAUCUUGGCAGCUGCAGAUUCAGUGAAAGGCCGGAGAUGUACAGCUUAUACUGCUCUCAAGCCUGUACUAAUUGCCGCAGGUGCUCAUUGGGUAGAACCAGAGACCUGGGCUUCAUGUGUUGCUGAUGGCAAUCUCAUCACAGGAGCCACAUACGAAGGACAUCCUGAGUUUAUUAACCUUUUCAUCAAGGCACUGGGUGGCAGCAUAACUGGUUCUGCGAAACGAAUAUUAUUUAUUUGUGGGGAUUUCAUGGAAGACUACGAAGUUAUGGUUCCUUUUCAGUCCUUUCAGGCUCUUGAGUGCCAUGUUGAUGCUGUUUGCCCCAACAAGGGUGCCGGAGACAAAUGUGCAACAGCUGUCCAUGAUUUUGAAGGUGACCAAACAUAUAGUGAGAAGCCGGGCCAUGAUUUUACCCUAACAGCUGAUUUUGGAGCUGUGGAUGCUUCGAGCUAUGAUGCUCUUGUGAUCCCUGGGGGCCGAGCUCCAGAAUACUUAGCACUGAAUGAGAGUGUUAUAAAAUUGGUGAAACACUUUAUGGAGUCUGGCAAACCAGUAGCAUCUAUUUGCCAUGGGCAACAGAUUUUGGCUGCUGCUGGUGUUCUCAAGGGAAAGAAAUGUACUGCAUACCCUGCUGUGAAGCUUAAUGUGGUUCUAUCUGGGGCAUCUUGGUUAGAACCCGAACCGAUAGAUCGUUGUUUCACCGAUGGAAAUCUGGUGACUGGAGCAGCUUGGCCAGGUCAUCCCCAGUUCAUUUCACAGCUCAUGGCACUGCUUGGCAUAGAUGUAUCGUUUUAGCUUAUACAUCAAUAGUAACCUUCAACGAUGUUUUCUGCUGCUAUACAAAGAUGCAUCUCUCUGCUGAAUAAAUGGUGGUGGGGUUUUCUCUCUGCUUUGUAUGUGAAGGCUUUAGAUGAGAGAACAUUAAUUAGCUUGCUUUCUUGUGUAAUACAGUAGUGUUUCCUUCCUCCUCUUGGGGAGAUUUCUAAUGGCACAUUUGGUUGAGGAUGAAUCACUCCAGCUAAACCCUUGUGUGCCAGUGCCCAAAAGAACAGUACUAAGGAAAAUAAUACCAUACGAUGCUGAACACUCGUUAUGAUGGAGUUUGGUGUAUUUACGUGG